CUCAGUGCCGCGCGCUGUUGCUAAGGGCAGCGGCAGGCGGGGGCCCAUAGCAACGGCGGGGCCGCGAUGGACGGAGCGGGGGGACCGGGCUGUCCCGCCGCCCACAGCAUCUUUGAGGAUGAAAGCAUGAAACUACGACAGCUGAAACUACAGAAUCAGAGAGCCCUUCUAGAGAAGAAGCAGAGGAAGAAACGUCUUGAUCCGCUGAUGGUACAGCCAAAUCCUGAGGCCAAGCUGCGUAGGUCAAAGCCCAAAGGGUGCGAGGAGCAGACUCCUUUAGUAGAAACUCCUACCCCUGUCCACAGUGAUGUUGUUUUACAUGGCAUUGAUGGACCAGCUGCUUUCCUGAAAUCGGAAGUGCAGGAUUUGGGGACCAAGCUCCAAACUCUGUCUGCUGGAUCUACCAAACCAGAAGACAAUGCAGAUAAGGAAAAUGAGGGAGAGGCUGCAACAGACACAGCAGGCAAACCAGAUCUGCAAGAAAUAUUACAGAAACGAGGAAUUUCAGGCAGUUUGAAUUUUGAUGAGGAGGACACAGAAGAGGAAGAAGCUAGUAAGAGACCAGUAUCUCAUUCACCAUACCCUGAAUCUGAGAGGCCUAGUUCUGCAUCCAGCGAGAAGUCUUUUGCAGAAACAGGUGCUUCCUGUAGUCCAUCCCCUCAGGCAGAAGCACAGCUGGGAGAAGUAGAGAACUUGGAGGAUUUUGCCUUGCGCCCUGCACCCCGUGGAAUUAGUGUCAAGUGUCGAAUCACUAGAGAUAAAAAGGGAAUGGACCGGGGGCUCUUCCCUACUUACUACAUGCAUCUGGAAAGGGAUGACAACAAAAAGACAUUCCUUCUUGCGGGGAGAAAAAGAAAGAAGAGCAAAACAUCCAAUUACCUCAUAUCAGUUGACCCAACUGAUUUAUCUCGGAAAGGGGAAAGUUUCAUUGGAAAACUCAGGUCAAACCUCAUGGGAACCAAAUUUACAGUCUAUGACCAUGGAGUUAACCCAGUCAAGGCACAAAGUCUAGUGGAAAAGGCUCAUACAAGACAGGAGCUUGCAGCUAUUUGUUAUGAAACUAAUAUCUUAGGAUUUAAGGGUCCCAGAAAAAUGUCCGUGAUCAUUCCAGGAAUGAACAUGAAUCAUAAGCGAAUUCCAAUCCGUCCACGAAAUGAGCAUGAGGGUCUGCUGUCAAAAUGGCAAAACAAAAAUUUAGAGAACCUUAUUGAGUUGCACAACAAGGCUCCAGUCUGGAAUGAUGAUACUCAAUCCUAUGUUUUGAACUUCCAUGGGAGGGUCACUCAGGCCUCAGUGAAGAACUUCCAGAUUGUCCAUGACAAUGACCCUGACUACAUCGUGAUGCAGUUUGGUCGUGUAGCAGAAGAUGUGUUCACUCUGGACUAUAAUUACCCUCUCUGUGCUCUUCAGGCCUUUGCUAUUGGACUCUCCAGCUUUGAUAGUAAAUUGGUCUGUGAAUGAGGGACAACAGACUUGAAACAUGGAACUCAUUCCCACCCCUACAUCUUGUAAGAGUUCCAGGUGUGGCAAUGAAGAGGAUAUUGGAAGGGAUAUGGAGGACAGACUUCUGCAGGCUUGUAAGAAAACCAAUUCCAACCUUCAGAGCAUUGCGGGAGUUGACAGUGGACCACCUUGGGGGCAGCCUCUGUACAGAUUGUGGAAGAACAAGCAAUCUAGGUGAUGUUUCUGUCAUUGGUGUUGAUUCUGCUUUUAGAAUCCUUGUUUACAGAUGCUGCAUGAGAGUGGGCUAAGCCCACUAGUUGGAACUUCUUGCAGCUAGGAUUAGAAAAAUAAUGGCUAAGUGUUAAUUUACCUUGAAGAUUCCACAAAGCCUGGGAGAUGAUGCUACUCAAGAGUUCCUAAUCAGAUUAAUACAGAAAAAAAGAGAACAGCUGGAAUUAGACAUUGGCUCUCAUACAACACUUUUACUCUGUGGAAUGAUUGUCUGCUAAGACUGAUACUCCAUUUCCCUUUCAGUAUUCUAAUUAUUGUCUAUCCCUUGACAGUCUUUUUACCAAAUGAAGAACAAUCAAAUCUCAAACACUCCCUUUUCAGUUGGUGAUAUUAUAUGCAUUGCUACUUCUGAUACUUUUAACCAUGUGAAAAAUGAGAUGGAAGAGAUGAUAGAAAAUUACUAAAUUUGGCAGAAGAUAGUAUUGUAACAAUAUACAGUACCACUUCUGAAAAGCAGUGCUCUGAUUGAAUCUAGACUGUAAACUGAUCUGAAAUAAUUCUUAAUUUCCCCAUUGUUCAUGAAAUUUGCUAUGUUUUUAGGUAUAAGUUUGUGACCAAUUUUAUUUUUUUUAACAUGAGAUUAUCUCAAGGCAUGACAUAUUAAAGUAGAUUUUAUAGAAAUAAUUUUAACCUGACUGUAAGAAGGAGUUACCUCAAAAAGAGAUUACAGGUAUUUUCAAAGGCAAAGGUAAGUUUCAUGUAAUUGUACCGCGAGGCUUUGCAAUGUCUCCUUCCAAUGUUCCAUUUUCAUACUGGAUGUACAGUGUGGAGACUGUGUCACAGCAUGGAACACUUCUUGAUUCAUGUGGCCUUAACUCAUCAGAGUGGAUGGCAGCACAGUGUGACCUGGAGGCCUCAGUGCACACAUCUUCUGUGUACUGAAGCAGAGAAUGGUUACUGUCUUGCCUGCUUCUUGCCUAUUACACAUAUUCACGAUGGUCUUGGAAAAGUCUGUCCCUCUACUGAGACAAGAAUUAGGUGUUCUCCAGCUUUGGAUAUUGUCCUUGUCAGCAGACUAACUCUGUUUCAAGCUGCAAAGAGCAGAUAUAUUGCUUUUGGUCUCUGGAGUCUUUGCAGUGGUAGAUAUCACUUGCUCUUUCAAAUUAACAAAACUUUGUCAAGACGUUUUCUGAUACUGCCAGAAAGAAUAAUGAUCAUAAUCAUGUGUAAACGCUGUAUGUAACUGUAAAAUAUGAACUGAGGCUGAGAAGUCUGGCUCUUGUAUCUCUCAGAUGACCAUUUUUCAGUAACAACUGAGAUAUUUUCUUGAGAUGAUCGUCAGAAAAGCAGUCGGUGGAGAGAACUUGAAUGCUGAUGGAUCUGUUUUGUGCCUUUGUGUACAUCCUGCUCAUCAGGCUGAGGAUGAGACUUGGCAGUGUUUUCCAGCUGUGCUUUUCUGAAGUCUUGGUGGCUGAUGGUUCUGCAUUCCCUCUGCCCAUCCAGAAAAGGAAGUCAGUUUGUGUACCUGUCUGAUUAUUUUUCUGACUAGGAAUGUGUGAUAGAAAUUGCCUUACGUUAUUUUGGGGUGGCCUGAAGGUAGAAUGCUAACUUGUGAUUCAAGAUGAUUUUCUGUGUGCUCAGAAGGCCACAGUAGCAUCCCUUUACUUAAUUAGGCUUGUCAGCAGUGGCUCUUCAAGCUAUUUGUUGACAUCAAAUGAUCCUGUCAUGGCCUCUCAGUCAAAUUAUGCAGACAGAAGAACUGAUUCAGUGGUCUUUAUCAGAUACUGUUUUACAUUAAUUGUAUUUAUAACUUUUAUAUCUAAAUGAAAAUAAACUAAUUUAUAUAUUGAAAAGUC